AUCCACCAACUGAAUAAGAGAAUUCCCAAUAAUUCAGCCUAUUUCCUCCGACGCCGUCUCCAUUCUCAGCUCCGCCGCCAGCUCCCGCCGACGCGCCUCGGUAGUCCGCCGUCAUCUCCCUUCAUCUUCUUCUCAUCCACAACCUUGAUUCGCGACACAUCUUGAACAAGUGUGACGAAUUUCAAUCUUGAACAAGUGUGACGAACAAGGGAGGGAUCGUGCCGCAAUUGCUGAAUCAUCUUCCUACUCGCCGUCUGCAAUGGUUCUAAAAUUCUAAACCUUGCGAUCAAUUGAUACCUUGUCACCUCUUCCACCAACCAUGUCGCAAGCCCCAACACCUGUGAACCCUAGAAGAAACCCGGAUCCAUCUCCAACCACCCAUACCCGGUUGGAAUCAGAUACUCAUGUUAAACAUGCUACUGCUUCAGUGCUUGCCAAGCCUACUGUUGUGUAUGAUAACUCAGAUCCUGCCAAUGCUGCUGUUGUGUCAAUCACAGAGUCUAUGGCUGGAACUCUCAAGAGGCCCCGUGAGGAGGACUCUGUGGAGGAUGGGGCCUCGGCUGAAUUGCCAGAAGCAAAGCGGCGUGUAAAGGCCGCUCAUGAUGUGAUAUACCGAAUUGUUGUACCCUCCCGGCAGAUUGGGAAAGUCAUUGGAAGAGCAGGGCACCGUAUUCAGAAGAUUAGAGAGGAUACUCAGGCUACAAUUAAAAUUGCCGAUGCUAUUUCGAAACAUGAAGAGAGUGUGAUCAUUAUCAGUUCUAAGGACAGCGACAAUGUUUUUUCUGAUGCAGAAAAUGCGCUUCAUCAGAUUGUUACUCUGAUCCUCAAGGAUGAUGAUGGGAAUGCGGAGGCAGCGAAAAUUGGCCCAGGACAUGUCCCAGCUAAUGCAGUGAGGCUUUUGAUUGCUGGUUCUCAAGCAGGUGGUUUGAUUGGAGUUUCGGGGCAAAAUAUUGUGAACUUGAGGAAUGCCUCGGGAGCAAGUAUUACUGUUCUUUCUCCUAAUCAGUUGCCUCCAUGCGCAUCUGCCCAUGAAUCUGACCGAGUUGUACAGAUAUCCGGAGAUAUUCCUGCUGUUUUGAGAGCUGUAGUGGAAAUUGGCUGCCAACUCAGGGAUAUUACCCCCCUAAACAAGUAAUAUCUAUCAGCCCAACAAAUAAUGUUGGUGUUCAUCGGCAACCUCGAUCAUAUGUGGAUCCUACAUCAGGUGAUCAUGUUACGUUGGAGCUUUUGGUUCCUGAAAAUCUGGUGGGUGGGUUGAUCGGAAGGUUCGGAGCCAAUAUUUCAAGGAUUAGAAACGAGUCUGGAGCAAAUGUCAAGGUUUAUGGUGGGAGAGGUGAACAAACACAAAGACAGAUUCAUCUAGGUGGUAGCGCUCAACAGGUUGCUCUUGCCAAGCAGCGAGUUGAUGAAUAUGUCUAUGCUGAAUUAAUGCGACAAUCUGGGGGUCAAAUGCAGCUCACUGCUUCUGGUCAAUUACAACAAUAUCCUACUCAACAGCCAAUGUAAUCUAUUUGUACUUGCUAACUGCCAAAAGCCUAAAUGUGAUGGCGUUUGUCGUAGUUCACUAAUGCUCCUUAUAUGUGCAUGCCUGACUUGUCAAAUUCUCUCUACCAAGGUUAUGUCAUGCCCCUGGCCUAUACACAACCAGUAAUCAUGACGUUGGAAUGAUGUCGGCGCUCCAACCGAUGUAUGCAUCAAGCGCAACGACCCAAGCUCCUCAGUACUAUGCUAAUCAGUCCUAUCCUGCUCCUCCAUUAUAGGAGCGAAUAGAAGCAACGGUUCUAUCCUUCUCCACCAUCAUUGUUGGCAUCAAGCACAAUGACUCGGAACUCCUCAGUUCUAGUUGGAUAGUAAAAUCUUGCUGGGAUAUUGCUUUGCCCUUAUGAUGCCACUCGAUCUAACCCAAAAAGUUUAUCCUCUAAUAUUUAUGGAAAUUAUAUGAGCAGUUUGGUAGGAUAGAUAACUCGAGUUAUAUGAGUAAAGAUAAUUUAAAAUGUGGGUUCUUAUCAUGUUUAGUUUAUUUAUUUUUUCUAUCAAAAGAAGACUGAAAAUGCUGAGUAUAUGAUUUAAUAACUAAAAAUAAGUUUCAUUCUAUUAUUUUUA